AUGUGCAUCUACAUCAUAACACACCACGCUUGUCCACACACCUCUCUAUUACUACAGGAACGAUGUCCGGGAUCACUGAGUAGAAGAAUGAGUACUGGGGGUGGGAGAUACGAAAGCCCGCCGUGUAGGUUCGACAGGGAACGAUUUGAGAGAUGGAAGAGAGAAGCAGAGGGCCAGGAAAACGAAGAAACCCCAGCGACUCGGGAAAGGAGGGACGAAGGAAAGUGGAAAAGGAAUGGAGGAGGGAGAAAAUUGGAAAGUGAGUUCAGAGAGAGGUGGGCGGAGGGACUUUGUGUUAAGUGUAAGGCAGAGAAGGAGGGUAGUCGGGUGCUAGCAAGAAAAUCUGCAUUCGCGGAAAUAGUAAAGAAUCUGUUGAGUAUCGAUCGAGAAUUGCAGGCGCAGAGACUAAGUGUGCACUCGGCAAGUGGAAGGGGCAAGUCAGCAAUUCCUCCCGUUCCACCCGUUCCUAUGAUUGGAAAAAGGAGGGGAAUGCGGUGAUUCUUAUUUGAUACGAUGCAUGGAUACCAAGGCUAUGAAGGAAGGAAACGGCUAUCAUUGCUUCGUUCUGUCUCACAACUCGGAUGUCAACACUGGAUUGGAUGUCGUUAUUAUCCAGAUAGAUGGAAAAAGAGCCGAGUGUACGAUGUGAGAAAGUGGAAGGAAGUUAAUGAUUCAAAAAUAAUGACUUGCAUGGGCAGGGGUUAAUCAUUUAGACUGGAUGGUGAAAAAUACCUUGAUGUUGGAGUUAUUUGGCUUGGGACACGAAAAUUGAUCGAAAGAAUGGAUGAUUCCCAUAAUAAGCAAUAUUUUGGCAUUCAACAUGUUCUCUAUUUUAUCUGUGUUGAAUGUUUGAACAUCAAUUUCGUUGUCAUACCAAAACCUUGACGUCUACUACAAAAGGACGAAUUAGAGAUUUCCAUUCAUAGGAUCAGCAUGUACUGUGCUUUCAU